AUGGAUGUUUCCGAAGAUCUAGCAAGGGAUUACCCUCCAAGACUUUACCCUGAAGGGGCUUCUAUUUUUGAAAACAAAAGCAUUAAUACGAAUAGCCAUUUUUCUGAGAUCCCUCGACUUAGACAAGCAAUUGGAAUAGAUGUGUGGGAUAAUCUGAAGACGUAUCCUGUUGGAUUGAUUGCUAAACUGGCUGAGAGCAAAUUGGUGUGGUCUGGUAAGACCGUACAUUAUCUACUUUGUAGACAGCUGCGAGUCUAUAAGAAGGAGAUUUGGUCUCUCGUUGUUGAUCAACCUCUCAGGUUUAGCUUAAUAGGAUUUGGUGAGAUCACGGGUUUAAACACAAAUCCACUGCCAGAAGAAAGUUUUGAACCUGAUCAAGAGAAUUACAAAACGUUGUGGGAGUUGUUGAAAGUGCCGCUUGGGUACGGACCCAAGUUUGAUGAACUUAUAGAAGCUUUAACGGAGUGUCCAUUCUGGAGUGCUGAUCAGCGGAAAUGGUAUGGGCUGUUGUUUCUUCAAGCCAUUGGACUUUAUGGCUUGCAUCAUAAUUGUAGAAUACCCUUUGAAAGUGCAAAAAGAGUAAUCGAUGAUGACGCCCUGAGGACUUAUCCUUGGGGUCGGACUGCCUAUGAAUUUCUUGUUGAUUUUAUCAAGUUGUUGCAUCCACAAGGAGGGUCGUACACCCUUAGCGGCUUCAAGGACGUGUUAUUGGUUUGGGCGUAUGAAUCUGUCACAGUGUUCAGAGAGCUUUAUGGUAGAAAAGUGAAUCCAGACGAAAUUUCGCUUUUGCGAUGGGGUGGAAGUCGUACUCGUGCAAGUCUUGCUACUACAAUAGCUAAGGAGAUGAAUGAUCAUGGAACGGUGCGUGUGAGGAAAAUGGUGAUGAAUGAGGGUCUAGAAGAGCUGUUUCCUCAGUGGAAGGAUGAAGCAGAUGACCCACAACUUGAUAACCUAAUUAAAGAUAUACAUACAGAUAGGUUUGUUAGAGAUUUUUAUGUGCAAUCGAAUGAGAAGAACAAUAAAACGAAGGCUGGAGUUUCGUCAAAGGCUGAGCCACCCUCAAAGAAGCAGAAGAAAGGUAAGAAACAGAAGGAGGUGAAAAUCAAUGAGGGUGAAACUGCUGUUGUAGAGGAAAAGGAGAGUGCAAAGGAGAAGGGUCGUAGCGAAGCGGUUCUGCUGAACAUAGUUGCUCAUCUCGAGAAUUUGGACCGAAAAUUUGACUCGAGAUUAACAGAAUACGACACCAAGUUUGGAUCUUUUUCCCGAGGCCUUUUGGAUACCAUUGGAGAUACAGUGAAAACUACAGUUGAAGAGCGUCUGAGAGUUUUGGGGGUGUCCAAUAGUAGUCAACCUGAAGGUCAAAACGUGAUGGUCUCAGAAGACAACCAACAGCCGAAGUCCAAUAGUGGUCAACCUGAUGGUCAAAACGUGAUGGUCUCAGAAGACAACCGACAGCCGGACUCCAAUAGUGGUCAACCUGCAUCUAAGACCCCUAUUGAUAAACAGUCCGAAGACAGCCAACCGCAAAAGACCCCUGAUAAAGGCCAAUCAGAGAAGAAUCUGGCAGAUGAUAUUGCUAAAGCUGAUGCAAAAGGUAUGGGAGCAAAGCUGAAUUCGAAGGUUGUCAGGGAUAAGGCUGCUGGGGUGAAAAAGAACUUGGAUUCGGCGUUUGGUAAUGCCGAUGCAACAAUUGCUGAUUUGGUCUCUGAUUCUCGUCGUAAGGAACCACCAUUCGGAAGCGGUUGCAGGGGCUUAGGGAAAAGAAAUAACUUAGCGGCUGAUUUGGAGAGGAAUGAAGCUGAGUUAAAGAAGAAGCAGAAGACUCGCAGUGGUACAAUAAGAAUAACCAUUCCGACUAAGCAAAUUAAGGCGGAAACAGACGAACUGUGGCCAGACGAACUGUUGCCGGAGUCUGAUGUGGAGGAAGAUGAAAGGAAAAGGUGUGGAAGAAUAAAGGAGUAUCGGCUGAAAGCUGUUCAAUUAUAUCCAGAUGAGUCUCAAAUGAGUGCGGAAUUUGGUCCUUCUGUACCAUUUCCCCACAUCGGAGACAAUGUAACGACGUGCAUGAGAAAAGGUUUAGAACCUUCACCUGCAAUAUAUGAUCCCCUAGGACCUGUUGAUCCGGUUAAAAGGGAUAAUCUUUUGCAACACCUAAAACCACACGAGGAAAUUCCACAUGGAGAAGCUCACGAGGAUAUUGAGUUCUACAGAAUCCUCAUCACUCCAAGACCUUGGCCCAUCAAAGAAUAUGGAUGGCUGGUUCAAAAUCAUAUUGCUGCGUAUAUUAGAGUCCUCAUUCAAAGGUCCAAACAAGAUCCCAGCCCAUUCUGGUCCAAGCGCGUUGCCUUUAUAGACUCUUGGUUCCUUCAAUCAUGGGUUCACGAUUAUAAGGAGUUCGAAGCCAAACCGGAAAUGGUCAAAUUCAAAGGAAGUGGUUAUGAGGGGUUAGCAAACGGUUUGAUCCCCACCUACAUUCAGACAAAGUUGCGGUGGUUUACAUAUGUAGAUCACUUGUACGGAGUGCUUAAUACUGGCGGCAAUCAUUGGGUGGGUUUUCACGUGGAUCUGCAUAAAGAGAAGGUUGAUUGCUAUGAUUCAAUCGUUGGAGAGCAAACACUCGAAAGUGAGCUGAGAAUGCUAAAUUUCUUUAGGCCGCUUACUGGUAUGAUCCCUGCGAUUCUGAAUGCCCUUAUUCCUGAUGAUAUCCGAGUCCCUACCAAGAAAAAGUUUGUAUUCAGACGAAGAACAAAACGUAUUGUUCCACAAAACAACCUGAGAGGCGAUUGUGGAGUGUAUGCAUUGAAGUUCGUUGAGUGUCUAGCGCUUGGUGUAGCUUUUGAUGGGAUAUCGGAUGAAAAUAUUCAAGGUCUGAGAAUGAAGAUGGCAGCAGAUGUCUUCGAUGAAGGAAAUUGUAGUUUGGUAAGGUCGUUUGGCGAUGAAUGA